AUGCCUAGUCCAUCACGAGAAGCAGGUCUUCCUCCUUCUUCCCUCCCGCAGCCAGCCUCUCACCCCACGCCAGGACAUAUCGACCUCCAGGUCCCUCCCUCUCCGCGGACACAUCGAGCCCUUCGUCGCCUGCAAUCCGCUCAUACACUCGGAGCUGCAAGAUCCUCGAACCAGCCGUCUCUUAUUUCUCAACAACGUCGAGAGUUGCAACGGAAUAACUCACCAACGCGGGAUCCAAAAACAAACCGCUCGCCUCAGAGAGGCCGUGCCAAUAGCGAUGCAGCUUCGCCGCUAAUGCACCACAUGGGUGCUGUGGCUGGCUUGAAACGCUCUGGCCUGAAGAAGCCUGUGUUUUCACAUGGCCAUCUUUCACUCCAGCAAAUAUUUCGAGAUGGGCCGAGUGAUGGAGAUUACUUGGGAGCCUUGGAAAGCGCCAGAUGGAAGGUCGUUGAUGAGGGCAUCAAGAGUGCGGAGGAUGGAAUGUCACCGUUGAGGAUAUAUGUCUGGCUUGUUCUACUAGACGCUCCGAUCAUGCCCACCGAUGAAUACCUCAGCUUGGUGCACCGAGGUGCUUCGCCAGCAUAUUCCAAAAUCCGCAACGACACGUUCCGAACCCUCACCACGGACCCUCUGUUCCGACGGCGGGUGAGCGAGGCCAGCCUGAUUCGUCUCCUCAAUGCUAUCGCGUGGCAGUUACAUGAUGCCAAGGAGGAACAACGGCAAAGUAGUCGACCAAGCAGCAGCCAUUCGGCACAUCCAAGACAGAGCCUUGGAGGAAGUGUGUCCGGACAUUCACAAGCCAAGUCAGGCACUGGUCCUGAACCUGGCACCUACGUGCAAGGCAUGAACGUACUAGCCGCUCCAUUCUUAUAUGCAGCCCGCAGUGAAGCAGAAGCCUUUGUUGCAUUUCACUCUCUGCUCACCAAGGAGUGCCCUGCAUAUAUACGUGGAGCUAUGGACGGCGUGCAUCGCGGUUUGGCUCUUGUCGAUAAAGUGCUGGCUAUUGUAGAUCCCAAGCUCAGCAUGUACCUGACUGCCAAAGGCUUGUCGGCCGAGAUUUAUGCCUUCCCAUCCGUCCUGACGCUGUGUGCUUGUACACCCCCGUUGCCAGAGGUUCUACGCCUGUGGGACUUUCUCUUCGCAUACGGACCACACCUGAACAUAUUGUGUAUUGUUGCUCAAUUGACUAUAAUGAGGUCACAGAUUCUCCAGUCUCCGAGCCCGAACAAGGUCCUCAGGUCAUUCCCGCCUUUGAACUCUGAUUUAAUCAAGAGUGUCACUAUUGGCAUCAUCAAAAAGAUUCCCGAUGACGUCUAUGGUGAAAUUACCACGCAUGCGUUGUAA